GCUAGCUCGGCGGCACCAACCGGCCGUCUAGCCCCACAUCCCAUUUCGGAUAGCGGACACCUGCACUGGAACUGCUGCCGAGCCCUUGAAACCAGGCUGAGGCCCUUGGGCAGGGACUCUUCCUGUCAUUUGGCUGUUCUGUUGUGUGUUGUUCAGAGGAUGCUGUUACCUGUCCUGUCUCUGGGAUGUGUCUCACGAUUACGCAUGCUGGAGGGAAUGAAUUGCAUGCACCUGAGUCCACUCUGGGCUGUAGAUUGGUUUCCCCUGAUAACAUGGCACUGUUCUAGGAGCCAUUGCUGAGGGGAAGGGGAUUGCGGAUCGCUCCUUGGGCUUCUGGCAGGAUCCCUGCGUUCACAACAAUAUGCUUCCCUUGUUUAGUGCUUAGAGCAGAGCUCUGAGACCGGGGACUCCUGGGUAGAACCCCAGCUUUUCACUGACUUGCACCAUGACCUUGGGCUGGUCCCUUUGCUUCGUGCUGCUAUUGCCCAUGAGUAAAAUGGGCAGAAUGUGCUUCCCUGACUGGUUACCAUGGGCUUGUGAGGAGUAAUUGUAGUUUGUAUAACAUUGUACUAUGAAAAUCUGGUUAUUGAGGUUAAAGUUCCUCAUCCAACCCUGCUGGUGGUGGAGGACAGGAGCCUGCGCUCUGUGCGUAUCCGCAUGAGAUCCCUGCAGGGCUUGGACCCUUGGAGCUAUCUUAGGAAAGCAGCUAGCUAUGCAGCCUGAUCUGGGCUGUUCCUGGAGGGCCUCUGAGACAAUCAUUCCAGCAGUUGGGUUCCACAGGAAGCAUGGAAGGGUGACACCAGCUAGAGAUCCCAGUGACAGUGUCACCACCCUGUCUAGAAACUUCUAUGGCUAAAGCUUGUGAGCAAAGCUGAACAGGGUUGCCUCAAACUAUGCCUGUGCUGCUGGCCAUUGCCAGGCCAUAAUUUGAACUGGGCCAUUAGCCCAGAACAGGGUGUUACAUGGAAGGAAUGUGCUAAUUAAGUCCUAUAAUUCUUUCUCUUCUCCACCCAGGCACCUUCUGGUGAGUCAGGAUGGUGGUGGGUAGGCUGGCUGGGCUGACUGGUUAGUUUGCCACGUGGGAUUCCUGGGUUUGGUGCAUGAGGCGACUGAUCAGCAAGGCUUGGCCCAUAGGAGAGGAAGGCAGCAGCAGGGGUAGGCAGAGAGAGUCUUCUCUGGGGAGCAGGGUUUACUGGUGCAGCAUUCCAUGCGGCACUGAGGAUGCUCUUAGCUGUGCCUGAUACAGUGGUGCUGAGCCAGCAGCCAGAGCCUCCAGUGUGCUGUGGGAAGUAGCGGGGAGCCAAGCGGGGCUAGAGAGUUGUCUGAAAGGGGAAGGGAGGGCUCUCCUGCUUCCCCAGCUGUCCUGUGGUUGGGAAUGACUCUUCCUGCAGAGCUGGGUUUGGUGCCCCCACCUAUUGCCUGUCACUGUGUAUCAGAGGGUCAGGCCAGGGCGGUAGGUGGAUGGGAAUUGCCCUCUCCCCCCACCCGGGUGAUUCAGCGGGAGAAGCUCUCCACAGGAGUUGGAAUUGAGCCAGCAUGAUGCAAAGGAUGUUGUGAACCUGGAGGUGCCGUCUCUCAGAUGAGAUGUAACACUGAGACACUGAUCUUGGUUUUAGUCACAGUCACCUGUACUGGUGGCAUGUGAGGGGCUCUCUUGCCAAGAAGGCAGCUCACAGCUCGGGGGCCCUCACAGGGGCAGAGGCACUGUCCCUUUCUGCAAGGACUCCAGCAUGGGUGGAUGCCAGAGGUCUCUGGAAUGACAGGCGGCAGGAGAGGCUCCGAACUAGUGGUGGCAAAGACAGUAGCUCCGCACAUGGCAGGCUCCUAGAAAUACUGAUUUUUCCAGAGUUUCUCCAAUGCGGGAUCAGGGAUGGACCCCACCUCACGCCUGUGAAAAGACCUUUCCUUCUCUCAACAAGCCAAAGGGAAUUCCACUGUCUGUCUGUGCAGUAGACACCCUGCAACAAGACUUGUUUGGUGGGCCACAGGGGGAAUCCCCGUUCACACAGCUGCCUUGUUACAGUGCCACUCGCAAACCCUCUAAGAACCCACGCUCCAUGUUCCAGCCGCGCUGAGCCCUGGAGACCAAGCUGCUCAGUCUCGCCUGACCGUCCUCUCGUCUGGUUCCCUCGCAUUCCUCCUCCCGCGGGCUGCUAGGAAAGGAUGUGAACUUUGGAAUGGAGUCUGUGACCUGCUGGGGACUCGGAGCAUGCAAGGGACUGUUGCUGGUUAGCGGGAGGACUGGCUGAUCGCUGUGGACAGCCCUUCUCUCCUGGCCCCAGGGUCGCAGGGCUUUGGCCUUGCCUGGACCUUCCAUCAUGUUUCUCCUGCUCCCCUUUGACAGCCUGGUUGUUAACCUGCUGGGGAUCUCCCUGACUGUCCUCUUCACGCUGCUUCUGGUUUUCAUCAUUGUGCCAGCCAUUUUUGGGGUUUCCUUUGGCAUCCGCAGGAUUUAUAUGAAAACACUAUUAAAGAUUUUCCGGUGGGCGACGCUGAGGAUAGAGCGUGGCGCCAAGGAGAAGAACCACCCACUAUACAAGCCCUAUGUAAAUGGUAUCAUUGCAAAGGAGCCCACAUCCCUGGAGGAGGAGAUUAAAGAGAUCCGUCGGAGUGGCAGCAGCAAAGCCCUGGACACACCUGAGUUUGAGCUCUCUGACAUCUUCUACUUCUGCCGCAAGGGCAUUGAGACCAUCAUGGAUGAUGAGGUGACCAAGCGGUUCUCAGCUGAGGAGCUGGAGUCUUGGAACCUGCUCAGCCGGACCAAUUACAACUUCCAGUACAUCAGCCUGCGCCUCACUGUGCUGUGGGGGCUGGGUGUGCUCAUCCGGUAUUGCUUCCUGCUGCCACUCAGGAUUGCCCUGGCCUUCACAGGCAUCAGCUUGUUGGUGGUUGGCACCACACUGGUGGGAUAUUUGCCCAGUGGAAGGUGGAAGGAGUUCCUGAGCAAGCACGUUCACCUGAUGUGUUACCGGAUCUGUGUGCGUGCCCUCACCGCCAUCAUCACCUACCAUGACCAGGAAAACAGACCCCGAAAUGGAGGCAUCUGCGUGGCUAAUCAUACCUCCCCCAUUGACGUGAUCAUCCUGGCCAGCGAUGGCUACUACGCUAUGGUGGGUCAGAUCCAUGGCGGGCUCAUGGGCGUGAUCCAGAGGGCCGUGGUGAAGGCGUGUCCCCAUGUCUGGUUCGAACGCUCUGAGGUCAAGGAUCGCCACCUUGUGGCCAAAAGGCUGACAGAGCAUGUCCAGGACAAGAGCAAACUGCCCAUCCUCAUCUUCCCAGAAGGCACCUGCAUCAACAACACGUCUGUGAUGAUGUUCAAGAAGGGAAGCUUUGAAAUUGGAGCCACAGUCUACCCGGUAGCCAUCAAGUAUGACCCGCAGUUUGGAGAUGCCUUUUGGAACAGCAGCAAGUACGGAAUGGUGACCUACCUGCUGAGGAUGAUGACCAGCUGGGCCAUCGUCUGCAGCGUCUGGUACCUGCCCCCCAUGACCAGGGAGCCUGAAGAGGAUGCUGUCCAGUUUGCCAACCGGGUGAAGUCAGCAAUUGCCAGGCAGGGAGGCCUUGUGGAUCUGCUGUGGGACGGGGGCCUGAAGAGGGAGAAAGUGAAGGACACGUUCAAGGAGGAGCAGCAGAAACUGUACAGCAAGACGAUUGUUGGCAACCAUGAGGACCGGAGCCGCUCCUGAGCUCUCUGCCUCCAGCGCUGCCCCGGGCCCCUUUGGAGCCACGUUGUAACCUGGGACUCGAGUGGGCUGAGCAGCUCUGGAGCAGCCUAGCCCACUCCUCCAUCCUGGGCUCUGCCCCAGAGACACUGUGCUGCCUGGAGCCUGCAGGCCCCGAAUGGCUGCUGGCAAAGAUGCCUUCUCGUUACUGUUACAGCUCAGCCCGUUGCAGGGCCAGCAUUAAAUGAACACUGACA